UGGUUGUGAUUUGCUCCUAAGCAUUUCUCUGAAGCUCCACUUUCGUUCUCUGGGAACAAAGAAGUUUCAUCUCUUCCAUGUCUCUCUCAGGUGGCGAUGAUGACAUGGAAAUGGACUUUCUCCGUGAUCGGUACCAGGACAGCAGAAACUUUGAAGUUUUUCUGAGUUUCAGAGGGGAAGACACGCGCUUUUCUUUCACUUCGCAUCUCUAUACCGCUCUUCAGAAUGCAGGAAUCGUGGUUUUCAAGGAUGACGAGGCACUUCCACGGGGAAAUCAAAUUUCACCCUCUCUGCGGCUAGCGAUCGAAGAGUCUCGAAUUUCUGUUGUUGUUUUCUCGAAAAAUUAUGCAGAGUCGUGGUGGUGUUUGAAAGAGUUAGAGAAAAUAAUGGAGUGUCACAGAACCAUAGGGCAAGUGGUGAUACCAGUGUUCUAUGACGUUGAUCCCUCUGAAGUGCGUCAUCAAAGAGGCGACUUUGGGAAAGCAUUUCAACGUCUUUUGAGCAAGUUUUCGAAAGAGGAAGAGGAAAAGGUGCUGGAUUGGAAGCAGCGUUGGAUGAAGGCACUUGGUGAGAUUGGUGGCAUCUCAUCAUCAGUUGAAAUCCUAAAUUCCAGCUUUGAAAGGGUAGAGGAACACGUAGAGCAUUGGACAGAGGCACUUUCAGAGGUUGCUCCGAGUUCAGGGGUUGUAGACUUAUAUCCAAGGUAA